AGUCCCAAACAGUCAAACACCUGCGAGGCGGCAGAAGGUGACGCCAAGUGUUGCACUGACAGCUAUCAUCAGUGAACAGAGACAGUAAGGCAAGAAACAACUCCAUUUACCGUCUUUGACAUUACAACAGACACAGUAUAAUAAAGCUACAAGAAUAAGACAGUUAAAAGCUUGAAAUAAGGGAAGAGGAGAGCGAAAUGAACAGUAAAUAACUCGUUUUACUUAGUGGCACCAAGAACAUUCCCAGUUAUAGAAAAAAAGUAUAAUGAUAAUAAAAGAAGCCUGCGGUAAGGGAGGACAAACGAAAUAAGCCACCACCAUCACUAAUCAUGUCUUGGAAGGUGAUUCUGGCUGUUUACAUACUAACUCACCAGACACAGGCUCGUAACUUUGAAUUCAUAACCUACCAUGACUUAAUGCAAUGCCAGGAGAGGGAUUACUUUAACCCAGUCACCCUGCAGUGUACAAAUUGCCCUCCUAACCAGACUGUGUAUGAUAAUCCCUAUACCUGUGAAUGCUUACCAAGGUUUAAGUCUUUAUAUAAAGGGAAGGAGUUAAUCUGUGAACCCUGCCCAGCCCUACACGUGACAUCAAAUGAUAAAAGAACCUGCAUUCCUUGCCUAGGGUCAGCAGUGAAUGAGACCUUAGGGGAGUGUGACCCAUGCCCUUUGACCUCACAAGUUAUGGCAGACAAGGCCGUCAAUGGAACUUCCUUAGGGGGCAUGAUGUGUGUGAAGUGCUCCAAUGACACAGUGCCGGGUCCCGAGGGGUGUGUGCCUUGCCAUGCCUCAUACUAUGCAGCUAGUGGUGGGUUUUGUGUCUGUCCCGAAACGCAUGAGGAACUUGGCGGCACCUGUGUCCCACUUGCUGAGUUGUCAAAGAUCCCUGACAGGAAGAGCACAUACACUGUUCAGUACAACAGUGGACUGGCACUGGAGUCAGCAUUCCUCAAGGCACACUUCAGGGCAGCAGCACACUCCUGCACCUUCCAGCAGAACAAAUCCGCAUGCCACACUCUCAGCAACAUGUGUGUCCUGCUGCACUAUGAAUUCGAUGGGGACUUUAAUGCCUGUCAGUACUACCGGGAGGAGUUUGGGGAGAACUACAUCACCCUGCCAGACCACGUCCCUUGGCUUUAUUACCCUGAGGGAGAGGCAAAUGUCUACACCUCAAAAACAAAACUCAAAACCACAUACAGCUUCAAUGAUGGAGAUCCAAACUCUAGCCUAAACUUCACUGUGGCAAAGUACUCUGCUGAUGGUCAUCUGCUGGAGUAUGGAAGGCUGGAGGAGGUGCUAACUCUCUGCCCUCUAAUUGACUUCCGUUUUGAUGCUGUGGUUAAGUUUGGCAUGACGUUCUCCCAGCGAUGCUUCCUGAAUGUCAAAGAUCUAUGGGAUACGUACGAGACAGUCUUUUAUGACGUGUUCCUUCAGUACUAUGACAAGGAGGAGCACAUGAUGUACGCUGUUCCAAUACUCAACAGGAACUACAAGGAAGAUGGAGUGUUGCUAAACCAGGAGAGUAAGAUGAAGUGGCAGCUGACUAGAAGGUUUUUCUUGAUUGAUAACCUGAGUGGAAGAGAAGCUGGGUCACCAAAUGCAUGGGAUGAGUUAGAGAGGGCAAGGGUUGUGCAAUAUGUGAAGAACAUGGAAAUCAUCAUUCAGCUUAGGGAAGGCGAGGGUCAUGGCUUGAUAUAUCCUCCUCUCUUCAAACUAACAUACGACGAAGUGGAGGAUAACUAUUAUGACUCAAAUCGAAAGGUGGAAGUUGGUCUCAAAGUACAGUACACCAUGAAUUUCUCGAAGAUUCAAGAAGAUCUGUCCAUAGCAAUUGGUGUGGUGAGCUGCUUUGCAGUGUUGUGGUCCGUCAUUGCCACUUGGAGUUGGUUCCGUCGCUGCGGCCGUGUGGGGCUCGACGUACCAACCAUAUUCCACUUUGUCAUCAUGGUGUGUGGGAAUCUCGCUUCCAUGUUCUGGCUGGUAAUGUUCUUCUCUUGUUUGUACUGGACUAUCUUCUUCAAGCGGCAGGAUGUAGUUCACUUGUUCCUGCUAACACAACACCAAGAGACAGUCAUCAAGCAGUACCUCAUAGCCGCCUGGUUCCUCAAACUGGUGCAGGUUGUGUAUGUUGUGUACGUACAAAUCACUAUUGACAUGUUCAUCAUAGACUGGGAGCAGCCAAGAGCCAGGAACUCCAUCCCUCACCCUCAGCUCAAUGUGAGUCUAGACGAUGAGGGAAAGCAACGCGCUGAGCAGCCAAUCAGCAUCUGGAGGACAUAUUUCAUCGCCAAUGAGUGGAAUGAACUGCAGACUCACCGCAAGGUCAAUGUUGGCUUGCAGUUGUUCUUGACACUCCUGUUUUUGAAGGUGAUGGGGUUUGAAAACCUUUCCGUCAUGAGCCCAGACAGCAGCUUCCAUGACGACCGCCAAGGCAGCAAUGUUCCCCAGAGUUUUGUGUGCCGCUUUGCCAUCAGCAUUUCUAUCUACCUGGCUAUUGUCAUGGCCCAGUGGCUCUUCAAGCUGAUGAUCUAUGAGCGUUAUGUUGAAAACAAACUCCAGCAGUUCAUUGAUCUUUGCUCUAUUGCUAACAUCAGUAUCUUCAUCCUGGAGCACAAGAUGUAUGGCUAUUACAUUCAUGGCCGCUCUGCUCAUGGCUUUGCUGAUGUUGACAUGCAGUCCAUCUAUGAACAGAUGAAGCGUGAGGAGGAGGAUCUGUGUGGCCACCGCGGACUUGAGCCAUCUAGCGAGUGCCAGACAUUUGAAGUGAUGGUUACCCCAAAGUUCAGGGAGAAAUAUGACACCAUCCUGCGGCCCCUACACAGGCGCAGAGGAUUGGGCAGGCCGGCAGGACGCAUCAAGAUGGCAUCAGAUCAGCUAGAGCAAAGUUUCCAAGCACAUGAGGCUCUGAAGAGGUUCUUUGGAAUGUUCCUUCAGCAUGCUCUCAAAAACCUGGACUACAUCAUUAAAGAAAAGUUGUUCCUGGAAGGCCUAUUGGAUUUGGAGUUCCAGGAAACAGACGACCGCUGCCUGCUCUUCAGGGACAAUAAGCACACUUUCAGGCGUGUGCUCUUCUAUGGGCAUGAGGCAACCUUUGUCCUGUUUGAAAUGUUGCUGUUUACCUUCAUUGAUAUCGUCUCGGGUGACUUUGUUCUGGCAGCUGUGGUGACGUAUGCCCUGGUGGUGCUGCUGGAGAAGGUCUGCAGCGCUGGCGGACGGAACAACGUAGUCCACAAGACACUGGUGGACCAAAGGUUUCUAAUGUAGUCUGUCAGUUGAGAAU